AUGUUAAAACUUCUGCAAUUUGUUUUAAUUAUCUUGUUGAUUGUUGUAAUUGAAUGUCUGCCACUAGAUCGAUUUGUACAUUUAUCAAUCAAAUCAAAUCAAAACGAAACUGAUAAUCGAUUACAGUUUUCACCAGGUCAUAGUGAUAGAAAUUCGCAAAGUGGUUUCCCACCGACUCUCAGCUCCAUGGAGCCACCUUCAUCACCCUAUCCUUCUGGGCCAUCGCCCAUAGGUAACAGCUAUCCACCCGGUUAUCCACAAUCUCACCCGGGAAUGUAUCCAAAUAUGACUGACGGGAAUCUGGAAUCAGGUGGUCCAGAUGAUGAAUAUGAUUCCGAACUCGAAGAUUACACGAAAGAGUUAUAUUUAAAAACCGCAAAACAAAUUGUGGAGGAGUGGAUGGACGAACUCGUUGUUUUAAAUCGACAUGGAAGGAUUUGGGUUCGUUCGAAGGUUCAUAAUCAGUUAUUUCCUGGUUCAGCUGAUUCUAAUUCGCAAGGUAGUUAUCCCCAAUCCACCACACCGGUUCAGUUUGAGGGACCAUAUCCAGGUCAUCGACAACCACCGCCUGGACAAGGUUACCCUGAGAAUCAAAAUUAUCCACAUCAAGGAGCCAUUAAUGAUUAUGGUCCCAAUCAUCAUCCUGGACAACCACCUCAGCAACCACCUCAACAGCCACCGAGCAAUUAUGGGCAUUUGGGUGGUCAUUUACCUCCUGGAAUUCAACAGCAAAUGUCUCAACCACCUCGCCAACAAUCUCCUCAUCAGAAUAGGAAAAUGAUGCAAGGUAGAGAUAACAAUUAUCCUCAGCCAGGAAAUCCAGCAAUAGGCUCUCAUUAUCCUCCGCAACCACAGCCUGAUCCCGGUUCUGGUUAUCCUGGUGCUCAACAUUAUCAGUAUCCUCCUUAUCCUUAUCAUCAAUCACAUCAUGGUCAAUAUACUCAGCAACACUCGCAACAUCCUCUACAUCCUCAGCACCCUCAACAUCCAUCACAUCAAAAUUAG